GAAUGCUGAAAGUGAUUAGAAGAGUUUGCACAACAGUGGACCAUCAACAGACAUCCGAGACUUGAGUUACUUAGAGAAACACACCUGUUGAGCUGCAGGAACGACUGUCUUACGACUUUGCUUUCUGAAUUUCAUCGAGGCAGUCGGUUGAGAAUUCAGAAAUGACGGACACUCUUAUUCCCAAUGGUUGCAAAACCAACGGACCGGUGGAGAAUGACUAUUUCAAAAAGGGAUGUAAUCCAUUUGCUCAGACAGGGCGCAGUAAGCUGCAGAACAAAAGAGCGCUUCUCAACCAGCAAAUCAUCAAGCAGAUGAGGAUAAGAGCUGGAGCGGAGAACCUUCUCAAGGCGACGUCCAAUAAUAAGGUUCGGGAGCAGGUGGUGCUGGAGUUGAGUUUUGUCAACUCAGAUCUGCAGCUUCUUAUGGAGCAGCUGGAAGGACUCAACAGUUCUGUGGAAGUUUAUCAGAACGUACAAGAGACAUCCAGCAUCCCACUCAUCCCUCUAGGCCUGAAGGAGACAAAGGAUGUAGAUUUCGCAGUUGCUCUCAAGGACUUCAUCCUGGAACACUACAGUGAAGACGGCUCAAACUUUCAAGAUGAGAUUGAUGACCUGAUGGACCUGAGACAGGCUAGUCGGACCCCCAGUCGUAAUCCUUCUGGUGUAGACUUGCUUGCCAACUACUUCAGUCAACUUUCCUUCUUAGAGACUCGAUUCUUCUCCCCUACACGGCAGACUGGCAUUUUCUUUACAUGGUAUGACUCUUUUACCGGCGUGCCUGUGUGCCAGCAGAACAUCUCUCUGGAGAAAGCCAGCAUGCUUUUUAACAUGGCAGCUCUGUACUCACAGAUUGGAACCCGUGCUGACAGACAGACACAAGCUGGACUUGAGGACGCCAUUGAUGCCUUCCAGAAAUCUGCAGGUGUGCUGCACUACCUGAAGGAGACAUUUACACACACUCCCAGUUAUGAUAUGAGCCCUGCUAUGCUAAGCAUGUUGAUCCGGCUGAUGCUAGCACAGGCGCAGGAGUGUUUGUUUGAGCUGAUUACUCUUCCAGGAAUCCGAAAUGAGUUCUUCAGCCUGCUCAGAAUAGCUCAAGAGGCUGCAAAGGUGGGGGAGACCUACAGUGAAGUUCACCAGUCCAUGAUCCAGACUCCCAUUAAGAACAACGUGCCCUUUUUCUGGACCACUAUGUCCGAGCUGAAGAUCAGUCACUACAAGUCUCUUGCCCAUUACUUUGUCUCCACUGCUCUGCUGGACCACCAGUUGACGCCCAGUGAUGAUGAGGACAAGCAAGAGAAGGCUCUUUCACAGUUAUAUGAUGCCAUGCCAGACGGACGUUCUCCUCUUGACGUCCUGAAGGACAAGGAGGAGAGACGCAAGAUAGGAAAAGCUCAUCUGCAGCGCUCCAUCAUGGGACACGAAGAGGCCAUCCGCACACAUUCUCGCUGUCGACACCUACAAAAACUGGACAUCCUGAGUGACAUCCUGCAAGCUGGCCUCAAACGCUCUCUUGCAAAGUUUGAACAAAACGACAAGGAAGAUGAGUUCACGGACUACAUGCUUGCACCAGAUAUCAUCUCUAAAACAGAAAAGAAAGCCGAGAUGGAGAUUCCAACUGCCACCAAGGUGAAAUGCAAAGACCUAUUCCAGCGGCUGGGGCCUUUGUCAGUGUUCUCAGCAAAGCAGAGAUGGUCAGCUCCACGAACCAUCAGGCUGAGACUGCAGGACAGAGACCUCGGAUUCACCCUGAAGGGAGAUGCGCCCGUUCAGAUACAGUCACUGGAUCCUCUUUGUCCCGCAGCGGCCGAGGGACUGAAAGAAGGAGAUUACCUUGUUGCUGUGGGUGACACAGAGUGUAAAUGGCUGGGAGUGAGUGAUGUAAUGAAGCUUUUAAAGGAUGUGGAUGAGGAGGGCGUCAACAUCAGAGUGGUCAGCAUGUUGGAUAGCAGCAGCCAACCAAUGCCGACCAAGAGUGCCACAUACGGCGGCCUCCCGAAGACCUACUCCAUGAUCUGCCUGGCACAUGAUGAGGAUGAUAAGAAGUCUCACAAGGUAGCAAAAAAACCGUCAUUUCUCAGCUGGGGUCUUAAGAACAAGCAGAAGAGCGGGAGCACGCUGAGCCUCCCCAAUGCAGAUUACAACGGACCCUGGAACAGACCCUGCCCCACCUAUCCCAACUCGUACAAUGAAAGUGCCCUCUACUAAACACGCCAUAUUACAAGAAAAGAGGGAGGGAUGUUUAAAAAGAUGAAAAUGUACAUUUUGCACAAAUCUACAGUAUAAACACAGGUUUAAGCUAUACAUUUAUUCCUUCAUUAGGUUGAUUUUCUAGAAAAUCUCACCAGUAAAUUAGGUGAAAAUUAUGUGUUUUAACGAAUCAGUAGAUAAAACACAAAGUGUAUGCUGCUCAAAGUAUUUUUUAUUAUUAUUAUUUGUUUUAUUGUAUUAUAUGGUUAAAUGGUGUGAUGAAGGAUUUUUUUUCUUUUCUUUAUUGGAAAAUUCCACUAAGUAGUGACACAGACAGGCAACCUCCUCAAAUAAAAAUGAGGGUUGGUAGAUGGGCAGUUAACCUGUGGCCUUUUUUGAGCCUGUAGCUGACAUACAGUGGGGUUCUGUGAUGAUCUUAUAUCAUCAAAAUGGAAUUUUAACUCUGUCAAUCACUGUAGAAGAACAAAAUGUAGGAGAGGACAGUGAAUAUAUAUACACACAAUAAUAUUAUUUUGUGUAACUCAAGUAUUACACUGAAGGGAAAUACCAUGAUAGGACUCUACGGCUGUGCAUAACUAAAAGGUAUUGCCAAAUUCAAGCAGGAAGGAUAAAAAAUAUAGCAGUGAAUACAAACGCCAUUCUUAUUUAACCUUUGUUCCAUGUGUUUUACCUAGCACUUCUUCAGUGUUGGAAUAUUUCACUGUCUACAAAGUAGAUUUUUUAUACACGUUUGAUAAUCAAAUAACUUAUAUGCAAAAUAAAGAGAAAAAAAUAUCUAUAUAAACAUAUGUAUUCAUUUUAAGUGUUGGAAGUAUUUAGGUUUUGUAUUGUGAAGCUGUAGCCUGAUGUAUAUAAUCACAGGUGGUUUUUGGCUACAUAUCUUUCUUUCUGUUACUUGGUGUUUGUUCUUCUCUUUAUAUUGUGUAGCUCAAAAAGUGAUGGCAAGUGGUUUUUCAUGUGUCUUUCUGACAAUAUUUAACUUUUUAUUUACUUUUAGAAAACACUGCCUCUCAGAAGCCUUUAAAAUGCCUUACCACAGGCUACGCUGACACAUUUUUAUUUAACUGUGGAUCUCCACUCCUUGCUUGUAAAUACUUUAUUAUUGUCAGUGAAUGUAUCGUUACAGUUAAUGUUUCUGCAAGUUCCACCUUUGGAAUUACAAUGAUAAACACUGUUCUGAGAGAAUGUUGACAUUGUAAAAUUCUUUGAAAAAGCUGACAUUCGCAGUCCUUACUUUAGGGUCGGGACCGAAUCGGCAUUAGUGCUCUAAAUUUUAACUUUGUUACAAAAGGUAUUGUAAUAAUAAAGCAGAUUUCUAGAUUAUUUGCUCUUGCGUCUGCAAUUUUUGUGGAUUACCACUAUGAUACGUCUAAGGAAAUGUCUGAAAUGUAUAUUGUUGCCUUCUAUUGUUGUAUAUGUACUUGAUCUAAAUAAAAUGAGGGGUCAAA